CUUCAGAAAAAUAGAGCUUGCUUCAUCCGAUUUCUCUACAAAAUUUGUGAAUUUUAUUCGAAACAUGGGUCGUCACAGUAAAAAGGUACCACUGUUCACGAUUGGUGACUUUGUGUUCGCCAAAGUGCGAGGAUAUCGAGCCUGGCCAGGCAGAAUCCUGGAUCGCGUGGGCUCCAACGCGUACGACGUAUACUUCUAUGGAUCUCGCAACCACGCCAAAGUUCCGAGCACCAAGAUUUUUGAUUUUGAAAGGAAUCAGCGUAUUAUGGGAACCUUACGGUCUAAGAGUUAUGCUUGUCGCCAAAGUUUUCAGGGUGCCAUGAGGCAAGCUCGCCAGGCUUUCUCCAAUCCGGAGCAGGAUUUUGGCUUCUACCAACAAUUGGCCUUGAACGAAGACAACUGCGUCAAUGCGGAGGAUCUAAAUAUGAACUACUUGGUGGCUGACGAGCAAGAGGAGGAGCCCGACUUGCAGGGGCAAAAAUUAAAGGAGCCUCUGGAAAUUGAAGAUACUGAAGAAGAAAAAUCGAAGGAGACUUCCGAUCAGCUGUACACCAUGUCUCCAAUAACUGCUUUGAACUCGAAAAAGAUGAAACCCAAGAAUCUAUUCAACAGAAAACCGUACUCGAUGCCUCUUUUAGACGAUGUGGACUCAGAUGAGCCGAUGCAUCAGGAUGCAGAAGAGAAGAGGUUCCUUCAAGUGGAAGACCCUCCGUUAAUGGAGCAAGCUUUUCUUGAGCUCGAGAAAUUUGUCAAGGAGCAGGCAGUUAGAAAAACCCAAGAGAAUCAGUUGAAAAAGCCGGAAGCAGAAAAACCGUACUCGAUGCUCCAACUGGAUGGCUUAGCUCCAGAGGAAUUUAAGGAACUUAACAAAGGAGUCGAUGAGCUUAGGCAAAUGCUAAAAGAUAUUGAGGACAAAGAAGAGCCGCAGGACUCAAAUAAACUACACUAUGACAUGCAGUUUUUGUUGGACCAGCCGCUUAAUCUGUCCAACCGUCGCCGCGCCUUUUAAAAAACCCCAAAAACAUUUCAACAAUUACAAAUAUUAGAAAUAAUUUUGAACCCAAAUGUUAAUGCAUUGUAAUGUUUGCUCGCUAUAUAACUUUUUUUUCUAAAGUGCUUAGGAUUUAUCCAAUUAACUACCAAACUGCCUUAUUAAAUGAAAUUUUGUUACAUGUUGCUUAUAUCAACUCAAGGAAAUUGGUUUAUUAAAGAUCAAUACAAAAAAAAAAAUUAACUUGUUAGGUGAACCUAAUAUACAGAAUAAAUAAAAAUUGUUGUUGAUUAUUAUUAAAGGUCAAAGUGUGAAAAACAGCCAGACAAUAAAGCUAU